GCUAUUGCUUCAAGUGCUUACUAUGUAGGCUGGUUCUCGAAUCCACUCUAUGGACCUGCCUUGAGGCACAAGACGAUGGCCAACCUAUCCCAGAAUCUCUCAAAUGAACAUUUGGAAGUGCGAAAACGAGCGCCAUCGAUGCGGGAUGAUGAUGGAGCACAAUGCCUCCAUUCCUAGGUGCAGAGCAUACUUUAGAGACCACAAGAACGUGACAGAGCGAAAGACAACAUACAUGACAUGGCAUCGGAUCAUUAAAAACGCUGAGAACAACGCCAAGGCCGCUACGACCUAUGCGCGACCCGGGAACUGCAUCCGGGACGGAAAGCUGGUCGACUCCGCAUCCUCCGCUGAACCUUAUAUCGCAAUUAGUUACGUGUGGGACCCCAAUCCUUCUUUCAAAGAAUGGGAAGGAAGGCGGGUCACAGAGCAAGCAUUACACAUCGCCGACCGGCUCUCGAAAUACACCUCAUAUGCUCUGUGGAUCGAUGCGAUCUGCAUUGACCAGGACAACGAACCAAUAAAGAUGGUUGAGCUUGCGAAGAUGGCGGAUAUAUACCGCGGGGCUAUAGCAGUGUUAUGCCUUGUACCGGAGAUAGACCAAACGAUAAGCAGAGUCGUGGAGCAUGGAACCGGAAUGAUAGAUUUGGAUGGGUUCCGUGCACUCGAACAGGCUGGAGAUACGCACGGGAUGUACAUGUUCGCUUCCCAAGGCUCAAACAAGGCGCUGCACAGGCUAUUCAGCAGCAGGUGGUGGACGCGUGUCUGGACGUUCCAAGAGGCAGUUCUGAACCGCAUAACGUUUCUGGUGGGAGAGAACGAGGAAACUAUUCCCAUUUCUGACGUCCUCAAAAUCUCUCGCCCGAUUAGUCGACGGGCAGCGACACAGAAGAAAGACAAUUUGCUGGGGCAAUUAUCUAGUUUUUGGGACUCGGUUCAUUCUAUGUCGGACGCGAUGAAGGCAUGCAUGCCGCUCGGGGCAGCUAUAUCGAGCGUGUGGAGGCGCCAGUCUACUGUCACUCAUGACAUGGCGUACUCUCUGCUUGGCGUGUGUCGUCUAGAGACAAUUACACCUGACUAUCGGCUUCCAGUGGAGAAAGUGUUCGCUGAACUUGUGGACAAAGCCAGUUUGAAGGGGGACUUCUCCUGGCUGAGAUGGAGCCACUUAGUCGACAGAGACGCCGCAUGUGAAGGAAUGUCCAUGGUGCCUGUACCUGCAACUGUGUUAGCAACCCCUGCCAGUGCUAUCACGGAGUGGCGUUCCGUAGAAGUUCCUCAGAUGUCAGUUGUCCGUGGAGGAGCCCUUGGCGUUCGCAUUCCGCAUCGGUCGACUGGAGUAAUAAGAUGGCAAUCACAACCGGAAGACAUCAAGGGAAUUAUCAACAUGCUCCAAAAGCUGUCAUACUGCCCCGAAGACAUAUGGAACUUAUUAUUUGGCCUGCACGUCGGAUUAGGGUGCGACGUGGAUAGAGCUGUGGGAGGAUCUGGGCUGGCUCAGGCGUUGCUUAACCUGGCGACUGGAUACAUCGACGGCACAAUCAAAUUGGAUGACUCGGUGGAUGAUUUGGUGGGAGAAAAGCCAUAUACGAGAGGAUACGGGUUCACGGCUUAUGCAUCCAUGGCAGCCAAGGUUUGGAGAAAUGCGCAGUUGGUCGUGGCGCGCUCCCAGGGUGGAACAACAGUGGUACCUACCCACAGCGGAACAGGACAGGCGCGACUGCAUAGAUUGCCAGUUGAAAGUCCGACUCGUAGAGGGACGUGCCUGUGCCUUGUUGUGAAUGAUAGCACGAAAUUUCGGGCUAGCGCAAUUGGAGUCAUGGUAGAGAAUGAUCAUGUAGGGAGUGGAUCGUGGCAACUUACCCGGUUUUCUUGAAGAUAUAUGGAUGGUUUGAUGAAGGACUUCCUGUACUGCUCUUUGUCACAGACAGGUACUAG